AUGUCCGUGGAAAUCGACUGGUCGCUCCUCUCCGAGCCCUCCCCAACGGGGCAGGCGCUCGCCGAGGGUCUCAUGGCCGCCCUCAACCAGCAGCUCAACACGGCAGCGCGCCCCUCCUUCCUAGGCCCAGUGACAGUCAGCUCGUUCGAUUUCGGCAAGGUCGGUCCGAGCGUCGAGAUUAAGGACAUCCGUGACGUAUGGCGUGCCUUUGACGAGGGUGAUGAGGAGGGGGAUGCCGAAAUCGAGGCGCGUGAGCUCGAGGCCGCCCAACUCGCCGCCGACGAGUUCGACGAGCCCCUCCGUUCUCCACCCCCGCCUUACGCUGUCCACCCACAUCCAACCUUGCAUCAACCAUUACCCAUCUCACCGAGGCCUCGACGGGGCCGAUACCCAUCGCAUGUGGUUGCACCGGGACGCGCUGUUGCGCUGUCGGGGUUGGGAUCGCCCGACGACGAUGAGGGCGAGAGCGUGCAUUCUGGUAUAGCGACCCGGUCUGUUGCAAGCGUCGGGCUCGGUGUCGGUUCUCUAGCUCUCCGGAGGCCGUUCGGGUCACCGAUGCGCGUGUCACGCCCUCCUAGCCACGUGUACUCACGAAACGACCUCGGGGACGACCACCGCCCAGCGACCCAGAUUGGGACGGGCCGGGCGCGCCAAGACUCAGCGGCGCCCGCGUCGUCCCCGCCUCCGAGCCCUCCAGUCCGUCCGGCGGGCCUCGAGAACGACCGCUCCAGUUCGAUCCCACCCGUCCAGAUGCACCUGCGCGUUGAGCACGCUGCAGACCUCAGCCUCACGCUCUUCACCUCGCUCCAGGUCAACUACCCAUCCCCGCUUUUUAUGAGCCUCCCGCUCAAGCUCGUGAUUACAGGGCUGACUCUUGCCGCCGACGUCGUCAUCGCGUACUCGUCUCGCAAGAACCGCGUGCACAUCACUAUAGUUGACACGGGGGACGACGGCACCAUGGCAGAGAAGCACGACUACAACGCCCCUUAUGCAUACGGCCAACACCAACAAGUCGAUCCAGGGCACCGCAUUCUACCUCACCUCCAUAUUGAGAGCGAGAUCGGACAUGCCGACGCCCACGUCCUCCGUAACGUUGGCAAGGUCGAGCGGUUCAUCGUCAACGUGGUCCGCAAGACGCUCGUCGACGAGCUCGUCUUCCCCCACUUCCACACCAUUGCGCUCCCAUAA